AUGGUUUCUUUUUGGCCCUGGAAGGGCGAUGACAACUCCGCGGCUUCUUUUGAGAAGACACUGUCCACGCUGUCGACGAAGAUCGCCCAGGCCACCGCGCGACUCGACCAGCAACGUCAGUCUUCCCGGCGAAUCAAGGCUCUCUGGACCCUCUACUCGACAUUUGCCUAUCUGUUUUACUCCAUCAUUCUCGCCCUCGUACUGGGAUGGGAGAGCUGGGGAAUCAAGGAAUAUGCAGCCAUCGUAGGCGGGCCGGUCCUGAUCUACGGUGUGCGCACUCUCAGCUCCAGAAUCUUCGACUAUCGAAUUUCCCGCAUCCAACGCCGCCUGGACGAUUUCCAUAAACAGCGCGAGGAGACCAUCGAAAAGCUCAAGGUCGCAACCAAGUACAACUCCACCCAACAACUGCUAGAGAAGUACGGCGGCGAGUCUCCCAAGCCCUCCCCAGGCCCAAAGGGACAAGCCGAGAAAGGAAAACCUGCCCAGCAACCACAGCAUGUGGCCCGCACUGGUCUCCCGCCGCCACCCACUGCCAACAUUCGCCGUUCUCCAUCUGCAUCGCAAACCCAGAACGACCCGCCAUCCCCCGACUAUCCCUCUCCCCCUCUCCAGUUAACCCACGGCGGCCCGCAAACCCCACAGCAGCCCUCUUUCCCACCUCCUUUCCCUCCCCAAACACCCGCCGAUCAACCCAGCUUUGCGCCGAACGCAUUCCCUCAGAACGGCGAAUUCAUCGAACAACCACAUUGGUACGACCGUCUCUUGGAUGUUCUGCUGGGAGAAGAUGAAACCCAACCCCGUAACCGGAUGGUCAUGAUCUGCAGCGCGUGCCGGCUCGUGAACGGGCAGGCUCCCCCUGGUAUCAAAACACCGGAAGAGCUGGGCCGCUGGCGGUGUGGCAGCUGUGGAGCUUGGAAUGGAGUAGAAAGCGAGACAACAAAGAUUCUCAACAAUUUGCGUCAAGAUGCUGUGCCAGCUGAGGGAACUUGGGAGCCCGUGUCGAAGGCCGAGGCGGAUACACCGUCCUCCGAGGGCACGGGGGGAGGAUGUCAUGGUUGCCUCAAGUGA